AUUUAGUCGGGGAAUUUAGUGGGUUACUACUAUUAGCAACCCGCCGACUUGGCCCAGACCGCCCCGGUCUGCGUGAGAGUCCACCGGAAGGGUGAAAGUGGAUAGCUCACUCUCCCCCCCAACGGUUCCUGCAAGCAUUCAGAAGUACAAGAUCUAUAUACCCACAUCCCUUCCGGGCACCACAACUUUAAAGCACCCUUUCUUUAUUCUUUUCUUGAAUAUAACACCCAUCAACCGCGCUACUCUUUUCCCAAUGGCAGCCCCUCGCUCUACUUCUUUGCGCGCCCUUCGCGUGCUCUCCCAGCAACAUACUGCCACACCCUGCCUUCGUCGGGGCCUGCACAUCACCGGUGUCAACUCUGCACAGCCUGUCAACGUUCAAGACCGUACGUCUUUGUACGCUACUCGCAGCUUGGCAGACCUCCAGAGGGAGUGCCACAAGAGGAAACUGGGAGCCAGCGGCAGCCAGAGUGAGCUCGUCGAGCGCCUUGCCAACCAUGACUUCCUUCAAUCCCGUGCUUUCAGCAUUGCCAUGAGAAGAAUCAAUGGCAGCUCUGCAGCGGAAUCUGUUUCAACCCGCCAAUUCAACACUUCUCGUGCCAUGAAGGCCGUUAAUGACUCAUCCACUGUGGAUUUUGCAUACCUGCCAUCCAUGGACGAGAUUGAUGCCCCUGUUCGCCCCGCCGAUACUCGGAUUCCGAUCCUUUCCGAUGUCUUCACCAACUACAACUCGAGCCAGCCCUCGAACCCACCCAUGAAGCCCCAGGUACACACUAUCUCCGGGGGCGGGGCCGAUGUCGCAGUCAGCCCCAUGGCCGAAGUUGUUGACAACAACUCGGUGGAUAUCGACCCGUUCUCGCUAACCGAGGCGGUUGGCAAAUCCCGUAUCGGCGAGGAGCUCUGGAAGUCCCAGAACGGCUCCAAGGAACCCGGUGUUGUAAAAGAGCUGUGGAAUGGAUUCUUGGAAGACGUUUUAGGUCCCAAGCAGCAGAGUCACCAGAAGCAGCACUGAUUUGACUAGCGUUAUUUGUUUUGUUCUACUUUAGCGAUGAUUGGUUUCCACUGACGUGGUCUUUCUACUUUCUUAUACUUAUUAUUUCAUCAUGAUGCUCAGUGAUGCUAUCUAUGCACAAUUUGAUGACAUUUAUUGAAUCAAAAUAUAUCCAAGUACCCAUUAUGAAGCUAUCGUAGUAAAUACUAGUACUAUCUCAUGAUCGCAACCAAAGAUUGGAGAUUCGAGAAUAAGAAAAGAAUCACACCACCUGAAAAAGCGUUGACGUCGAUCAUCCACUAGGCAACUAGCCAAUCAGUCACUCCGUCCCCCCGAGUCUAAAGGGACAGAAUAACCCUAAUAACCUAGGUAAGCACAAGGCAUCAUGGAUGCUUCUUCGGCAUUCGGGAAAGAUUCAAAUCGUGAUUAUGAUUAGAAUGAUCGGAAAUAUGGGGUAUUACUCAAUGGGGGUAUUACUCGAUGGGGGAUAAACAAUUAAGGUUCUCCGAUCUGUUCCGAUGUCUGAAGAGUGCUUAUCCAAGAUUGAAUCUUCCA